GUACACACGCGCUUUCGUUCUCCUGCGUCGUUUAUUAUUUCGUACGUAUGUCACCUGUUCGGUAACGUCGUCACGCUGUAUUGUAUUAGCGAUAAAUAUUCGUUGGUAACUCAAAAUAUCAUUCAAAAGUGAUAUGAUAAGAGAUGAUAACUGUCACAUCGUAUCGACGUGAUUUAAAGUCUCUCCUAUGGGCCCGGAUGUCACAGUGUGUGAUACCGAUUGAUAUCUAUUGUUAUUUCGCUGAAAGUUUUUCUAACGCCAUAUUCAAACAUCGACAAAUGUAAAUAUCGCUAGUACAAUAGAGGAUACUACAGCACAAGGACAAUUCUGUGAGACAAUUCCGUGGGAGAUAUUGACGAAUACAAUACUGGCGAACUCCAGUGUGCUGUCGUGAUCGAUGUCGCGGCGCUCUUUCCGUGAACGAGUGUCGGCGGAUGACGCAUUAUCUCGCGCGGGCAGUGCGUUUUUCUCAGCGGAAUCGAAGCUACGUGUCCUUGGAUACCUCUGAUUUGCCCGGGACAUUUCACGUGACUGUAAUAAAACGCACGAAUUAUCGAUAUAUAAUAUCAACGUGCGAAAUAGAACGAAAGACCGCUGUGACGUCAGAAGAGACGUUUCAGCAAACCAGUGAAUCACGAACUCCGGAUAUCGCGUGGACGAUUCCGGGAAUCGCGCAAUCGAGAUUUAACAUCAACUCGCAGGAUAAAUAUCGACGAUAUAGCGCAUAUCGCGCUCGUACGCCCGGGUAAUGAGAGACGGCGAAAAUGAGGAUAGACCUGGCAGCAGAAGUUGAAGUGACGACGGAAGACAGCAGCUCGCCCGCCGCAGUGGACAGCAUGGACACGGACGAUCAUGACGGAGUUGAGGCGGAGUUAACGAGUCUCUCCUGGCUGCAAUCUUUGGAUAUCACCAGCGCGUCGAGUUUGCCGACGCCGCCUUGCUCACCGUCUCCGCCGCCAGUCGCUCGUCAUCCCCCGAAAAAGCUCUCGCCCUUGGCCAAAGCCGAAUUAGAUCUUGCGGAAAACGCUGAAAAGUAUCGAACAGACCCCGAUGCGAAACCGCCGUUCUCCUACGCCACUAUCAUAUGUCUUGCAAUGCGCGCGAACAACAACAAAGUCUCCCUUUCCAGUAUCUACGCGUGGAUCCGUGAGAAUUUCCUGUUCUACAAAUACGCCGAUCCGGCCUGGCAGAACUCGAUUCGGCACAAUCUCUCAUUGAACAAGUGUUUCGUCAAGUUGCCGCGCUCCAAAGACGAGCCGGGCAAGGGCGGCUUCUGGAAACUGGAGAUCGAGCGUAUGGAGGAGGGCAAACGACCCAGACGUCGUUCCGCGAUAUCACAGCGAGUUCGCGGCUCAAAGAACUGGCAGUCCCCGUCCGCGACAACAACGGCAGCAACAACGACGACGGCGGCAACAACAACGCUCAACGCUCUCCACAACAGCUGCACGCCGCCCACCAGCUGCUUGUCAACCCUGUAUGAAACUCCGCCCAGCAGUGUGUCGCCUCCGAUUCCGGACACGCUGUCCGAGGUGCCGGAAUCGACGCAAGUGAGCUUAAGUGAGGAUGAUCUUACGGGUUUGCUGAUUGCCACUGCUGGAUGGGAUGAGAAUCAGCUGGACCUACUCGACUCCCUGCUGGACACCCUCUAAACUCCAGACUCUCGGCGACUCUCGCGAAACAUCUCAGGAAUCCAUUGGCUCUCUCCGAGCGGAACGGACGUUCUCAGGUCUGUGCGUAGCCCUCGGCUUCCUGUUCCAUUCGAUCGAACACGAGUAACAGCGUUCUACAGGAACCUCGACUCGGCUCGACCUGAAACGAACCGAACUGUUAUCUCUGUUGUAUUUCGCACAAGAACAUUCUGUUCCACGUGGCAAAGCAGCAGCGUUAUCGCGACAAAAUUAACACAACGCGAGCGGGUAACCAUUCUUAAAUGCAAAACUUGUAACUCUUCAAUGUCUAUGUCUUUAAAAAAGAGUCAAAUAUCGAUUGAAGCUUGAUUAAUAUGUGACGACAGAAAGAGUCGAGAAAACGAUAUUAACGUUAAGGGAGACAAGGCAGAGGAGGGAAGAACGUGCAUCCUCUACCUUAACUGCAAAUAUGACACACACACACACAUACAUACAUAUAUAUGUACAUAUAUAUAUAUAUGUGUGUAUAUAUAUAAUGAAUGACUAAUAAUAAGCGUUGUGAUUUCAACGUCUAGCGAAAUCGUCUUAAUGGCCGUCUAACGUUAAAACGUAUUAAAAAAACGAGCAUUAUAAGGUGUGAAAACUGUUGCUAAUGAAACGGCUGAUGGUGGCAAGAUAUAAUAUAAACGAUUCGCGUUUGAAGUAUUACUAGAUUAUGCCGCGAAGUACUCAUCGAGUAUACCCCGGCGACAUUACGCGAUGAGGAAUAUCUGCGCGCAUUUAACGUAUUUGCACACUAGUGAUCUCAUUGUCGGAAGUGCGAAACGUUCUUCUUUUGUUUCGCAAUUUUUCUCUAGAUAGAAUCUUCUUUACUUUUCUCUGUUUCCUUAACUCUCACUUGCGCCACGUAGUUUCAAUAAUCUCAUUUGACUUCUUGAUAACCGAGCUUUCCUUUUUACUUUUCUUUUUCAGGGAUACUUAUUCGCACCGAUAUUCCUCCUCGCCGAGGAUGAUCGUACUCUUCGCGGCGAAACGAUUCACGCAUCGUGCCUUCAAAUAAUUAGCGAGUGUCCCUUGUAUUAAUUCUUAAGCAACGCGCCAGUCAGUCCAUGUGUGCCAGAUCGAUCGAUUAGCGCGCGAUGCGUACGAUAUUUUCUAUCCGUCGUGUUCCAACGUUCAUUUCAGCAACGAUCCCCUCCUCCCCGCUCCCCUUCUAUUUUUACAUCGCGUACAAAGAAAGAGAGGAUGUAUAUACAUAACGGUGGCGUUUCGGAAGAGAUACACCGCGUCGAUCGAUUGUGUCGAUGUAUUUUACACACGAUGUACGCGAUAUAUACAUCGAGCAGAACAUGACCGUUCCACAUAACACAACGUCUAAAAUCAGGGCAUAAGACGUCUCAGAGACGUCUUAAAGAUGUCUCAGAGACGUCUUAUAUUCCGAGGCUUAAGAGACAUCUUAUACCCCGAUUUUAAACGUUACGUUGCGUGGAAUAGCACACACGACUUCUCUAUUUUAUUAUCCCUGUGUCGCUUCAACGAUUAGAAGUGAUUAUAUUAUUACCAUUACAUUUACUAUUAUUGCUAUUAAUUAUUAUAAUUACCAUUAAUUAUUAUCGUGAUUAUAGCGAUAUGUUAUUUCGUUGUAUGAACCGUAGGUGCAGCGUAGAAAUAUGCGUUAGAUUCCUACACUGUUAUGUACGGGGUGUCUUGAGAAAUAUCCUUCUCCUCCUCGAGGAAACGCAUUGUCAUAAUUACCUGGAAUUGAAAAGAAAACAGGUUUCUGCGCAUGUAAGACUUCGUUUCAAGGCAUGCCGCAAAUAUGGCGGAACAGAACGAUCGUCGGAAUUCCUUCAAACGCUCGGGAUAAAUUGCCGAUAAUAAUUGCCCGAUCGCAAUCGAAAAUGUGAAAGAUUGAAUUUGCAACUGCGUAUAAAGACGUAUGAGACACUCAAUUUGCGAUAUUUUGAACGACACGCCGCACAUACCUUUCGCGUUUUACUGUCGACGUGUAAUUAUUACACGAUAACAUUAGAGUACACUCGUUUGUGAGGCGAUUUGAACACAUUUUUUUUAUGAAGUUAGGAGCGCAUCAAGUAAUCACAAUUGCAAGCCACUGCUUACGGGUUUGCAUGGGAUAAUUUCAGACAGCGUGAACUUCUAAAAAAAGACGUUCAAUUUUUAUUUAAACGUAUUUUACAUAUCUUUCUGAUGUCUUUUUGAAGUUUGAGCUGUCUGGUAAUUGCUUAUGAGAGCACUGAAGUGACAGCAUACAGCAUUAAUAUUGGGACUCUAUUAUAUUUUUAUCUAAUGAACAAAAAUAUAAUAAAGAUACUAGAUUUUUCUUAAAUAUUUCUCACAUGCUAAGAAAAAAGAACUUGAAAAUUUAUUUGUUGGACAUUAGUUUAUUUACAAAAAUAAAUUUUAUAUCCUACAAACAUAUUUUCAAGCAUUUUCCUCUCAGUGUAUAUUCUCACUUCGACUCUUAUUACAACAGAUUGCUAUGCAGGCUCAUGAAUAGUGACUUACAAUUUACGUUUUGCAAACUGUCAGAAGCGAUAUUAGUACGCCAGUGUGUGAUAUAAUAAUUAAUCGUAUAGCCGAAUCGGCGUGUCAAUUCCCACGUUCUAAUUUACGCUUCUUCUUCAGAGUCCGUCCGAAUUCAUCCGUCCACAGUGAGGUUUCGUAGCAUGCAUAUGCGGCAAGUGAGACAAUCGCUUUCCACGCAUCCGUCCGAAGUAAACCUGAUUGUACAUUACAUACGUUAGUAAAAGGAAAGUGUGCGGAUCCAAGUUCGAUUGUCGCGACUUGAGAAGAAAAAAAAAGGAAAGCGAAAACAACAAACAGAACCAACAAUUGAUAUAAUCGAUUAAAUCGCGCAUAUAUUGAGCGCGAUUCCCGAGUAAAGUGGAUAUGUGCCUUUCGAAGUAAGACUAAAUAAUUGUUUUUCCUCUUCUAUCUAAUUAUUUAUCCAUGAUACUAUAAGGGCUCAGUGCAACGUGUGGUUGUCUCCAUGAUUUGUAUCCAUAUAAUUUAACAUGUAACUUUAUCAGAUAUAACAAAUAAAUAUCGAAGAACGUCACUUUAA